UAAACAAAUGCGAACAGUUAUCAAUUGCAGUUGAGCCCAAAAACAUUGUUCACUGCGAACAACGUAUCCGAAAUCCAAGUUUUCUUUAUACUCCAUAUUCGCUUGUUAAGAACGUAGAAAGGGCGUAACUCCUAUCUGGGAAAAUAUGAAAGCAUUUGAUGACGCCGACAACUACAGCGAGAAGCUUAUUUUAGUGCAACAAAAUCUGCGAUCGAUGCCCACAGAAAUAGUUCAGAGGUAUGCGGAUUUUACAGAGCAUUUGGAUUUGAGUUACAACUGCCUUAAAGAUCUCUCCUGGCUGGUCGAGUUCGAACAACUGCGUUACCUGGUACUGGACAGCAAUAGAAUGCAUGAAUCGCAACUUCGUACAUUGACCUCACCACUUCCCCAGCUGGAGGUGCUAAUGUUGAAUAAAAAUGAAUUUAGUGAUCUUACAUCAACGAUUAAGCUUAUCAAGCGACUGUUUCCCAACCUGCAAUAUUUAAGCCUUCAUGGUAAUCCCAUUUGCCCCGAUGGACUCAAUUUACAGCCAUUUUCCACCUACCUACAAUACGACUACGAGUACUACAGCAAUUUCAUCGCACAGUCGCUAGUUAAACUGAAGUUUCUGGACCAUGGCCUAGUACAACGAUCCUACAGAUACGAAAGCUUUCCAAGCUACGACAACCAAAUUAUAACUACCACUCGACUUUAAGCUGCGUGACACGCGCAAAAGCAGUUUGCAUUUAUUAAAAGAGAAAAAGCGGACCCUGUAUUCUGUGGAAUAAGCUCUAAAAAGCACAAUCUAAGACAAGCACCAAAUAAUAUUGAUAAAAGCACACGCGGUAAAGCUUUUAUAAAGCUUAAAUAAACGAACUAGAGCACAAAGCGAAGAGCACGAUAAAGCACAAUAAAAAUAAAACACUUAAUCACUAAAAUAUUAUGGUUCGGACUUUUAGACCUCACAGUGCGCUCCGCUCAUU